GUCUUCCAAAUAUCGUAAAAACGCGUUAUUGCCAGAUAACUUUUGUAUUCCCGGCUGGUCACUCUAACUGGAACGUUUUUCGCAAAAACAGCGGCUGAUCACUGAAGUUUUCUCGUGUUUUUCGCUAUCAAACCGAAAUAAAAACAGCCCAAAAUGUCCUUCGUCAAGAACGCCCGUUUGCUGGCCGCCCGCGGCGCCCGUUUGGCCCAGAACCGCAGCUACUCGGAUGAGAUGAAGCUGACCUUCGCCGCCGCCAACAAAACCUUCUACGAUGCCGCUGUGGUGCGCCAAAUCGAUGUGCCCUCCUUCUCGGGAUCCUUCGGCAUCCUGGCCAAGCACGUGCCCACUCUGGCUGUCCUGAAGCCCGGCGUUGUCCAGGUGGUGGAAAACGAUGGCAAGACCCUCAAGUUCUUCGUCUCCAGCGGCUCCGUCACCGUCAACGAGGACUCCUCCGUUCAGGUUCUGGCCGAGGAGGCCCACAACAUCGAGGACAUCGAUGCCAACGAGGCGCGCCAGCUGCUCGCGAAAUACCAGUCACAGCUCAGCUCCGCUGGCGACGAAAAGGCCAAGGCCCAGGCUGCCAUUGCCGUGGAGGUCGCCGAAGCGUUAGUCAAGGCUGCCGAAUAGACGUAAUCACCACACAACCGCCACCACAAUAAACCACAAUCGAUGCUUUGUGUCUGAAAUAAAUAAAACAAAACGAUCACCUUAAAAAGCCAGAGAGUUAUGAAACAAUAAAAAGCGAAUCAUAAUAUCGUAUUAAUGACCCGUGA